AUGUCUGCUUCAUCUCCAAGGGGUGGCGUGGCCACGACCCCCAGUUUGCCAAGGCCAACGAAUAAUGCAUCGCCACCGCCAGCAUCGAAUGGAUUCAAUGCAAGAACUCUGUGGCCGGAUCUGAUAGAAACUCCAGAAAACCAGUGGGUUUUUGAGUGCAAAGAAAUUAUUGAAAAAAUCGGCACCGAUGAACCGAUCGCACUGGAAAUGAAAAGAAAUAUGGAAAAAUGCUUGAUGUAUUUUUACACACUUAAGAAGAAAUUGAAUCUGUUUGAUCAUACAUACACCGCAUCGUGCAUUCUGUUUUACAGAUAUUGGUUUGUAUACGGAAUACCAACCACCAUCACGGAAUGCAUCCAUAUAUCGCAAGGAAUCCUGGUCACGGCAUGUAAAACGAUGGAGAAUAAUAGGCCUAUCGAGGCCUAUGUCAAGGCCACUUGUGACUUUUUGAUGCAGAAUAUACCAUCCUUGAAGAGUCGAACAAAUAUCGAUAAACUUAAAUGGGAAUUUAGAGAUAAACUAGUAACUAAUGAAAAAAAAAUACUUUGUUCAUUCGGAUUCGAUUUGAAUAUUGGUAAUCCAAAGGAACUAAUCGAAGAGAUAUUUAGUGGCUAUUACAGAUUUAACAGAGAUCACAACCUGCCGGAUACUUUCAAAAAAGCCUUCCCAAAAAUUCUUCAAGAAUCAAGAAACUUCAUGGUGCAAGCUGUCACCCAGCCUGUUUCUUUGUUAUGCGACGGUUACACAUUCAUUGCGUUAUCUCUCAUAUAUUGCGGUCUGGAGUAUAAAAAGCUGGUUGACAAAGAUUUCAAGUACCCGAAGAAUUUUUUUAGGGAUAGAUUCCCUAUUGAAGUGACGUCUGCUAACUUCGCCAACAUCUUUACGGACUAUAAGUUACUGGAGGAGAAUUUCUUUACUUUGAAAAGUAACAAAGGCGCCAAAUUGCAAAUUGAUUCAGGUAUGGUCGAUUCAGUGAUUGACGAAAGUAACGGUGAAGAAAGUGGAGCUUUGAAACUUUCGGAUCCCUUCAAUUACGAAUUGAUCAGAUCCGGCGAAGUAAAGGAAGAGUUUUUAUCUCAUAUUGAAACGAGGGUUAAUGACCUAAUAGAAAAGGCUAAGCAGGAAAGUACGAAGAGAAAGGCCAACGAGCCUAUAACGGCUUCAGAUGCUAAGAAACAGAAAAUAUGA